CGCAGAGAGGCGGCGGCGGGCAGGGACUCAGUCGGGCCGGGAGCUGACGGCCGGCGGAGCGGACUGCGGUCGGCGGCCGGGGCAGGUGCGGGAGCCACCUCCAGCCGCAGGGCGGCGGCCGCCGCGGCCCGGGGGGGCUCGGCUCUGCACCCCGGCAGCGGCCCCCGGGCCCUAUGGUGCCGCGGCGGGACCCGGCUCCUGCUCGCCGCCUUCCGAAGGGGCCCGCGGAGCGGCGCGGGGCAGCGGAGCGCGCCGGCCCCGGCACUUGGCUGGCAUGAGGAACCUGCCGGUCCUUCUCCUCUCCCUCUGCUGGAGCCUAGGGCGGGUGAAUGGUGUCCAUCCAGAAUGCAGAUUUCAGCUGGAGAUUCACAAGGAGGAAACAAGGUGCAUGGAACUUCUGAAGAAUGCAAAGCCAGUGGACUACAAAGGAUGUGUUGGAGUUUGGGAUAACAUCACCUGUUGGCGUCCUGCAAAGAUUGGAGAGACUGUCACUGUCCCUUGCCCAAAAGUAUUUAGCCUUUUUUCUGGCAAACCAGGAAAUAUUAGCAAAAAUUGUACAAGUAAUGGAUGGUCAGAUAUUUUUCCUGACAUCUUAAGUACUUGUGGAUAUAAUGACUAUGAAGAUGAUUAUAAGGUCAACUUCUAUGUAAGGGUGAAGGCAAUUUAUACCCUUGGACACAGCGUAUCUCUGAUUGCUCUUACAACAGGAAGUAUAAUUCUUUGCCUUUUCAGAAAACUCCAUUGCACUCGGAACUACAUCCAUCUGAACCUGUUCCUCUCUUUCAUUCUGAGAGCAAUCUCUGUCUUAGUCAAGGAUGAUAUUCUCUAUUCCAGCUCCAACACAGCUCACUGUCCAGAGGAUCAAACCUCAUGGGUGGGCUGCAAGGCUAUUUUGGUGUUUUUUCAAUAUGGUGUUAUGGCAAACUUUUACUGGCUCUUAGUUGAAGGACUUUACCUCCACAUCCUCCUUGUGCUGAUAUUCUCCCCCAACAGGCAUUUCACUGUCUACCUGCUGAUUGGAUGGGGAAUUCCUACCAUAUUCAUUAUUACGUGGACAGUGACACGGAUCAUUUUAGAGGACACUGGUUGCUGGGAUACAAAUGAGCAUGGUGGUCCCUGGUGGGUUAUACGAAUACCAAUUUUAAUUUCUAUCAUAGUGAAUUUUAUACUUUUCAUUAGUAUUAUAAGAAUCUUACUGCAGAAGUUAAGAUCUCCAGAUGUUGGAGGAAAUGACCAGUCACAGUACAAGAGACUUGCAAAAUCCACGUUGUUGCUUAUUCCAUUAUUUGGAGUUCACUACACAGUGUUUGCUCUAUUUCCCGACCGCAGUUCCAAUUAUUAUAAAAUAAUCUUUGAGUUGUGUUUGGGAUCUUUUCAGGGGUUGAUUGUUGCAGUCCUGUAUUGUUUUUUGAACAGUGAAGUGCAAGGGCGAGCUGAAAAGAAAAAUGGCGGAGUUUGUGCUGGAAGCCAGACAGCAGGCAGAGAUUACAGACUCCACAGCUCCUCGAUUUCUCGAAAUGGAUCAGAAAGCGUUUCUCAGCUCCACCGGAAUUCAAGGGCUCACUCAUUUAUGCAGACAGAGACCACCAUGAUAUAAAUAAGCUAGGUCCCCCAAAACGUGAGACACUGUGGGAUAUAGUAGUCAUUAUGCAGCUUGAUGUGAUACUUUAGAAAAUGUACGGUUUAGUGCUUUGCUUUUCAACAUGUUGGUAUGUGGGAAAUUGUUUUGUGCAGCCAACCAGUUAAUAACAGAGACACCUGCCUCAUGGAUGCUUUCUGGGUUUUUUUUGAAUGGUAUUCGUAUUAAUUCUGAUGUCCUUUUGCUGUUUACUAGCCGUAACUGCUCAAAAACUCAUUUGCUAUAAUGGUCCCUUUACCCUUCAACAUGUCUGCAAGAUAGAUGUAUGGUAUCCUGUUCAAUGCAGACUACUUUGGUACAUGCUGAAAAGGUUAAGAUGGGAAGCAAGAAAAUUUCUUACACUUUAUUUAUACUUAAGGAAACAUUUAUUUCCUUAAGGAUUAGGAAAUUCUUUCCCAAUUAUGGAAAACAGAAUAAAAAUAAAGAAAUGUAACACUAUAAUUAACCACACUAGGUGUUUAGUGUGCUAAUCCAGGAAAUAAUGAACAUUAUUUAUACAGACACAAAAAGGUGGGCUUUUCCAAAAGAAAAAUCUUGGCUAAUAGUAUAAAUUUCAGAGAUUAGUUUCUAUAGAGUUUGAUUCCAAUCCUGUUGUUCCUUUCAAAAGUGCCUGGUUUUAUGUUUAGAUGCAGAAAGUAGGGCUACCUUUGCAGUCAGAAAAGGCUACUGUAAUAGUUUUGAUUAAAACAUCACCAUUUUCUAAUA